AUGGAGAAAUCACACGAGACCCACAACCCUCCCAAGUUCGUCACUCCAAAACGAAUCUUGCGAACUUCCGGAAGUGUGAAGACUGGGCAUGAAGUAUUGCCCUUUACAUUGAGCAAUUUCGACUUAGGGAGUAAGGCUGAAGCUAUCUUGGACUAUGGGCGCUGCGAGGGCGGUUUCCCCGUCUUCGCUAUUGCGUCUGUAUCAGCGCCUGAAGGACAGCAACAAGUCAAAUUCCAAGUCACUUACAGCGAGACGAUAGAGGGAAUUGACAAUGAAAAUGGUGAUGGCCCAUUCUUUUUAUUCUCCAAUGCCAUGGAUAGCUAUCGAGUCUGCGAACACCACGCCACUGUCAUGAACGAAACUCAAACUGUGAAGCCUCGAUCCACUCAGGCAUCGCAGAGGUAUCAAAAGAUCACCUUACUCGACCCAAAUACAAGCAUCGUAAUCUCCAAAGUCGGCUUCCAAGCUGUGCGCCCCGAAGCUUCAGUCAAAGCCAACUUCCAUUGUUCUGACGAGAAGAUCAAUCGUAUUUGGAGAGAUGGUGUUCGAACAGUUGACAUGUGCACUGUCGCUCGUGAAGAGACAGUUCCAGCCUGGGACGUCACUGAUGAGGGCACUCGCGUUUACGGAAGCCAUUGGGCUCCUUGUAGACAGGGCACAAGAUGGAGGAAUUACAAGGUCACGUUCAAGACAAAGGUUGAGGACAAUGGUGCGACUUGGGCAGUUCGGAUGAUCACCAACGGCCUAAUAUUCUGCUUAGAUGUCCGGAGCAGAACGCUGAUGGCUGUUGAGGGACUGUCGAACAAAUCAUCGAUUCUGCCCUCAACCGAGAGAGGGUCAUGGGAGCUACCAGAGAGCCUGGACCUUUCUGGAUGGUUGGCCAUCGAGACAAUCGCGGUGGAAGAUCGCGUUACAGUCACGAUUGAAGGCCAUGAGGUCGCCACUGUCAGAGACAUCUACAUCAAGGCGAUGCUUGGUAACACGCUCAUCAACACCGGAUCUGUCGCGUUUGGCGGACCGCCCGGUUGGAUUGCGCUAUAUCGCGAUCUAUCAGUUGAGGAUCCUAGUGGCCAGACUCUUUAUGGGAAUUCGUUGUUACAGGCCGGUGCCAAUCGUACUUACGACGACUUCCAGGUCGGCACUAACAAACUCGCCUGUAUCAUUGACGGUGCAAAGCGAGAUAGGGCUUCCUUCGGUGGUGAUGCCUUCGUCACUGGACGAUCUAUCGCAUACUCCACUACUGACUUCGAGGCCUGGAAAGAAACGAUCCAGCUCUUGCUAAGUCAUCAAACCAAGGAAGGUUACCUGGGUAAUCUAUGUCCUAUCCAGGCGCCGGAGCAUGAUGGGCCAGACGACCCGCCAUACUACGGCCACUACUCGCUGACAUAUGCACUUCUACUGGUUGUCUCAAUCAAGGACUACUGGCUGCACUCGGGUGAUUGGUCUCUCGUGGAGAGGUCAUACCGUCAACUGGAACGACAGAUGGAGUUUACGAGGGGGUUCUUGAACUCUGACGGGCUGGUGCAAGCACCGCCGUAUCUUUCGAUGACGUGGUUCCCCAUGGGCGGGCCUGUUUUUGGUGUUUCACUUGGUCUGAACCUUGCAUAUUUAGAUGCUCUUGAAGCUAUGGCAUCAAUGUCUACGGACAGCAAGACUGCAUCCCAGUUUUCCUCCCAAGCAUCGAACCUGAAAGACUCAUUGAUUCGCAUACUCUGGAGUAGUGAGCGAGGCACUAUGCGACCUGCUCUGUCUUUAGACCCUGAAGGAGUCUUCCAAGACGUCAAUGCGUAUGCAGCGACUUUAGGUGUAGCUCCAGACCAUUCAAAAUUGGUAGAUGGUAUCUUUCCAUCCACUGAAUCCCUUCCAUCAGCGUUUCGAGAUCUUGAGAGCUGGGACAGGUUUGGACUUACUAGUCCCUACGCAUCCGGAUUUGCAUUAGAAGCUCUCUUCGCCAAGAACGAGGGUAUCAAGGCAAGAGAACUAUUAUCCCUGGUUUGGGGCGUCAUGGCAGACCAGGAUAGUCCAAACUACUCUGGCGCUCACUGGGAAGCCAUGAAGACUGACGGUACACCUUUCAAUCACGACGUAUCGCUGGCUCACGGAUGGUCUUCAUGGCCAGUCUUUUUGUUACCCAGAUAUCUUGCUGGGGUUUAUCCUCUUGAGGCGGGGUGGAGAAGAAUUGGCGUUGAGCCUGUUCUUGCAGGUUUGGAUGAAGUGGGAUAUUCACUUGAGACUCCCCAAGGGUAUCUUUCUGUGGCAGUGCAUAUAAACGAGAAGAAGGGUACAGGUACUAUAAAGCUAUUGGUGUCUCUGGGUAGUUUGGCGGUAGUUAAGGCUCCGAAAGGCUGGGUUUUGGACAGUGACGGUGUCAUUGAAGGCUCUGGGACAGAGAUAUCUGUAAAGCUGUCAAAGGACGCUACUCUCAAGAGUUUAUCUCUGGAAGAAAAGGUCAGGCUACUGUCCGGCACACCAGACGACUUCGUCUCAAUUGAAGGCAUACCCAGCAAGGGUAUUCCACCACUCAAGACAGCUGAUUCAAUCAGUGGAAUACGGCCCAGUGAAUUCAACAGUACACUCACAACAGCAUGCUUCCCAAAUACAGCCUGCAUAGCCUCGACAUGGAACACAGACCUCCUGGAGAAGAUGGGCGUUGAGCUUACUCGCCAAGCAAAGAUCAAACAUGCGCAGAUGAUCCUUGGUCCGACUAUUAACAUCCAGAGGGAUCCUCGCGCUGGACGCAACUUUGAGUGCUUCAGUGAAGAUCCGCUUCUCUCGGGGUACAUGGCUGCGGCUAUUGUAAACGGUAUCCAGGGCCAGGGCUAUGGAGCCUGUGCAAAGCAUUUCGUUUGCAAUGACUCUGAGACCCAAAGGCGGUAUUACAAUGUGGAUGAAUCUCCGAAUGGGCGGGCGUUGAGGGAGAUUUACCUCGCUGCUUGGUCAUUUCUCUUGAAGAGAUCAAGCCCAGAGGGUAUCAUGACAGCAUACAACAAGGUCAAUGGGACUUUCUGCUGCGACAACGAAUCUCUGAUCGAGGACAUUCUCCGGAAGGAAUGGGGUUACAAAGGCAUCGUCAUGUCAGAUUGGUUCGGCACUCGCUCAACUGUGGCGGCUAUGAAGGCUGGCGUCGACGUUGAGAUGCCUGUGCCUGUCUUUAGAGGCGAGAGGCUUGUCAAAGCUGUAGCUGCUGGCGAAGUCAGCCAAGAGGUGAUCGAUGCCAGCGUCUCAAGGCUUCUCGAGUUGCGUAACCGCACGCAAACGGCACAGAGCGAAGGACCUGAAAAGUCGGAGAUCGUCCAAAAGACCAAUGAUAUCGCUCGCCAACUCGCCCAAGAAGGAAUUGUUCUUCUCAAGAAUGACAAACAAACUCUGCCACUGCCAGCAUCCACCGGCUUGAUAAUCGGAGUCGUUGGGGAGUACGCGAAGAAAGCUGUGUUCACUGGUGGUGGUAGUGCAUCAUGUAACCCUCAGUAUCGCCAAGUUCCACUCGAUCUCUUGCAAGAAGCGCUACCAGAUGAGAAUAAGAUCUCACACGCAAGUGGUGUUCGUAUGCGCCGUAUCAUUCCGACCGUACCAGCGGAGCUCGUCACGACGGACCAGGGAAAAAAAGGCGUCGAGGUCUCUUAUCACAACGCUGGUCAAGAUGAGCCAGUUCUCAUUGAGACUUUGGAAGAAGCUGCUAUUAAUCUCAUGGCUCAAGGCAAGCCGGGGCUCAAGACACCUGGCUCUCAUGUCAAGAUGACUACUAACCUUAUCCCGGAGAGUACUGGAACUCACACGCUCGCGCUUCGUCACUCGGGGUCUUUCACUGUUGAGGUUGAUGGCGUCUGCGUGCUCAAGGGUGAUGCACCAGAUAUCACAACCGAGCAGUUCCUGUUCAACCUGAUCAAACUCGAGUCUCGUGUCGAGCUCCCAAUGGAAGCAGGAAGGCCGUACCACAUCUCUGUCACCAUGCAAUCGAGAGAGCCUGUUGUUGGCGAACCUACUCCAUAUGGCCUUACCCUUGCGUUCGAAGAAGAAUACUCCGAAGAACAAGCUAUAUCAGAAGCAGUCGAAGUUGCAAAGUCAUCUGACAUCACCAUUAUCUACGCCGGUCGCAGCGAACAGUACGAGUCAGAAGGGUUUGACUUGGAGGAGAUCACUCUUCCCGCUAACCAAGUCGCCAUGAUCAAGGCAGUCGCCGCUGCCUCGAAGAAGACAGCUGUUCUUCUUCACUGUGGAAACCCGAUCGAUAUCAGUAGCUUCGUUAGUGACGUCGAUGCUAUAGUGAAUAUGCACUUCCCAGGCCAGGAAGGACCACAGGCUAUGGUUGACAUCUUGACUGGAAAGGUGAACCCCAGCGGGAAGUUGACGGCAACUUGGUUCAAGACACUAGAAGACUGGCCUAGUUUUGGAAACUUUCCUGCACUGAAGGAUGUGAAUGGGGAGUUCAGUAUCAAGUACGCUGAGGGCUUGGAGAUCGGAUACCGAGCCCGGGUGCCGGAGAGCCGGGUUCAAUUUCCCUUCGGCCAUGGAUUGUCUUACACUUCAUUCUCAUACGCCAGUCUCAACGCCAAAUUGGACGCCUCCUCGAGUCCUUCUGUUCUCACAGUCAGCGUUAGUGUAAAGAAUACUGGUAGCGUCGGUGGCAAGGAAGUGGUGCAAGUCUACACCUGCCCUCCUGAGAACGGAGCUAAUUGGAGGCCGACUCGAGAGCUGAAGCGAUUCACCAAGGUUCAUCUCUCACCUGGCGAAACCAAAGAGAUUUCUAUCCAGAUUGAGGUCGAUACUUUCAAUAGCCAUUGGAGUGAGGGUUCGCUUGCUUGGGCAGUGGAUAAGGGCGAAUAUGCUGUGGAGGUGGGAGGACAGCGUGCGACUUUUGUCAUUUAA